AUGGAUAUCAUUAAAGAAGAUAAGAAUCUAAAACGUACAAUUGAUGAGUCAAUUGCUACAGAUAAGGAUGUUGCCGAAGGACAAGCAACAACUACAACAACCACACCAUCAACUGAUGAAGCAGUCAUUGUAGCACCAGUCAUUGUAGCUGUAGACGGUACUACCACUGUCGUUUCAACAGGUGAAGGUGAUGAAAACAAGCGUUUCAAGACUGAAGAUGAUAACUCUGCUACCACUACUAGUACUACUACCGACGUUACUACUACCGCUGCAGAUGCUACUGCUACCGCUGCUACCACUGCUACUGGAGUAGCUGGAGAAAAGAUUAAAUUGGUUGUAUUCAAUCUUCCAAAGUUCAUGUCAACUGAUAAGUUUAAAAAGUUCUUGGCAAAGAAUAACAUCACAUAUAUAACCUGUAAAAAGGUAUUUAAAGAACAAUUUGGUAUCAUUGUUGUUGAUGGACCAGAAAAAAAAGAAGAAGUAAUGACAAAAUUGAAUGGAUUAGAUUGUGAAGGAGGAAUACUUAAAGUAAUUUUAAAAGGUGAUGGAAAGAACAACAAAAAUAAUAAUAAUAAUAAUAAUAAUAAUAAUAACAAUAAUAAUAGAAAUAAUCAAAAUAAUCAAAAUAAGGAACCAGAGAAAUUAAAGGUGAUUGAAGAUGUAGUGAAUCCAUGGCAUUCGGUUGAUUACCAAGAACAAUUGGCAAGAAAGAAAAAGUAUGUGACCAAGGUGUUGGCAGAUAUUGUACCGGCUGUUAAAAAGGAUUGUGGAUACAAUAAUACGGGCAAGUUCCCCGAUUGGUUGAAAAAUGCUACCAAGAAUACUCCAUGUUGUCCACUUGAAGAGGUGGUUGCCUCGCCGGUGGUCGACGGAUACCGUAACAAGUGUUCGUACACGAUUGGGCUGUUGAGUGAUGGCACACCGUGUGUUGGGUUUGCGUUGGGCCGUACGGCUAAUGGCGUGACGGUGGUGGGCGACCCAUCUGGCUGCCGUAUCAUUUCGGCACGUUCCAACGCGAUUAGAGCACACCUCGAAACAUAUGUGCGUGCCAGUGCACUCAAGCCAUACGAGAAGACCACGCAUACUGGCUUUUGGCGUCAAUUGACGGUGCGUGACUUUACAACGGGCGAAGCUAUGGCCACCGUGCAGGUCGGUCCACAGGGUGUGGCGGCCGACGUGGUCAAGGAGACGAUCGACGGGUUGACCGCACAUUUCAAAGACCUGCCAGCCGACAGCCAAGCACACGUCACCUCGUUCCAAGUACAAUACUAUGACGGUGUGAGCAAUGCCGCGCCGGUCGACCACCCCGUGACGACUGUGUACGGACCCGACCACGUACACGAGAAGCUGUUGGGCUACGAGUUCCAAGUAUCGAGCAACGCCUUUUUCCAAGUCAACUCGGCUGCCACCGAAAAGUUGUAUAGCAAGGUGUUGGAGUGGGCCGACUGCGCCAAAGACACUGUUCUACUCGACGUGUGCUGCGGCACCGGCACGAUUGGCCAAUGCGUCUCUGGCAACGUCCGUCACAUUUACGGGCUCGAGCUCGCACCCGACGCUGUCAAAGAUGCCAUCAAGAACGCCCAACACAACAACAUUACCAACGUCGACUAUCUCGUCGGCAAGGCCGAAGACACUAUGAGCGGACUCGUCAGCCGUAUCCACAACACCUUUGGCAACACUGUCAAAGACGGCGACAUUAUCGGUAUUGUCGAUCCACCCCGUAGCGGUCUCCACCUCGACGUCAUCAAGGCACUCCGUGGGUUCGAGGCUAUGAAGCGUCUCGUCUAUGUAUCAUGUAACCAAAACUCACUCAUCCAAGAUGCCGCCAAACUCUCAAAAACCAUCACCAACAAUAUGCGUGGUACCCCCUUCCGUCCAGUCAAAGCCAUCGCUUUUGAUCUCUUCCCUCACACUGAAUUAGUUGAAGUUGUUGUAUUAUUUGAACGUGUAGAUUAUAACAACUCGAAACAACCAGAAGCAGAGACAGUAGUAGUAGAAACAACUGCUCAACCAACCGAACCAGCUCCAACUGCAGUACCAGCUAAAAUUGAAGAGCCAGUGAUUACUACAACAACAGAAUCAACUCAAGUAGUAGAACCAAAAACAUCUAUAUCAAAGUUAAAUUGGGCUGAAGAAACAGACAAAGAAGAACAAGAAAAGUUGGCAUCUCAAAACUCCCAAAAAUAA